CGGCUCUAAGUAGACUUUGAGCCACGGUAAUCAGUCUGCAUUUGUUCCCCCAUAAGUACCAUGCGGUGAUGUAACCUCAUCCUCUUGCUUAAGGAAAGAUAAAUAACUAACCCCUGUUCGAUAUACCUGAGGGAUUCAAACUAAUGUUCAUCAGAGGAUCUAGAAAGUACCAACAUGCUUACCCCUUUUUUUUGGGUGAAUUUUGAACGAAAGUGCUCGUUUAUUACAUCAAGAAACAUACGCAGUAAAGCCCUGGGGCUGUGUCUUUAACGCACACUUUGCCAUGUCAUGCCCGCGCCACUCGACCCAUGAGUGCUUAUUUAUACCUGUUGCACAACUCUUAACCUCUGUCCAAUUUUUUCGAACUCAUGCCAGUGUUAUGUGUGUUUGUGCGCACACUGCUCACGUCGCUAAAGUCGUACUGGGCGAGCUCUCUUCAGCUCUCAUUCACACAUAGACGGACGACAGCCGCGGCAAAACGCCUGAAAAAACACUCUUGUUUGAAAGCACAAUGGCACUCCUCCUGUGCCUUGGCCUGUCGCUGCUGGCCUCGGUCCAGUCCAGCGCCGUCAAGAACUGCCACCACGGCUGCCACUGCGAGGUGGAAAACUUUGGCCUCUUCAACAGCUUCAGCCUGACCAGGGUGGACUGCCGGGAGUUGGGACCCGACACCUCCAUGCCCAUCCCCAUCCCACUGGACACCGCCCACCUCGACCUGUCCUCCAACGCCAUGGGCCCGCUCAGCGACACCAUGCUCGCCGGUCCGGGCUACACCACCCUCGUCAGCUUGGACCUGAGCAGCAACCUGAUAACGAAGGUAACACCCAAUGCUUUGUCUAAGCUGCGUUACCUAGAGACUCUUGACCUGAGCCACAACAACCUGGAGAGCCUCUCCCCGAGCUGCUUCUCCGGCCUGCCUCUGGUGGAAAUCGACCUCAGCCACAACAGCUUCCAAGAGUUCGACAUGGACGUGUUCGCUACUAAAGUUAACGGCGAACCUGUCAGCGUGGAUCUGUCUCAUAACAAGCUUGUGUCGGUCUCGACGACUCUGCACGGACGAGUUUUACACAUCCAGAGCCUAAAUCUGUCGUCGAACCGGCUGUUGCGCGUACCGAGGCUGGCGGGGCUUUCGCUGAGGUACCUCAAUCUUGAUGGUAACCCCAUCGCAGGGAUUAAGGAGGGAGCUUUCGCUCAGCUGAAAGAUCUGGUUUAUUUGUCCAUCAGCGGCCUCCAUGAGCUCCAGGAGAUCGAGCCGUACAGCUUCAGGGGCCUCCAGAGCCUGCAAGUUCUUGAUCUCUCAAAUAACCCGCAGCUUAAGGCUCUGAGCCCGGCGGUUUUCACAGGACUGGACUCCCUGCAGGAGCUGAUUUUGUCUGGCUCCGGUGUGGCGUCCUUGCCAAGUAACAUGCUGACCCACCUGCCCAGUGUUAAGAGUAUUACACUGGGACAAAGCAUCCACUGCUGGCGGACCCAGAAACAGGGACAGUUCCACCGACAACUGGGCCAGGUCCAACACAACGAGGUGCUGAACUGUAACGUGGAGGGCAUCGUGUCGUGAAACGGCGCCUUUUAUUUGGAAAUGGACCGCUCCUUCAGAAUAUACUCCCAUCAGAAGUGCUUGUCGGAUGGUUAGAUAGUUUCAGACCCCCCCCCCACCCCCCCAACAACACUCUCCGAUGUUGGAUACCGAUAACAAACACUUGUGAUUUCCGGCACGGUCGCAGAACCAAGUUCUUAAAAGAGUAUUCCUGAUGCCAGAGAUGUGCCUUAUCUGCUUUUGAUAUGCAAAACCCCUUUUUUUUUUUUUUUUUUUUUGUGUGUGUGUUACUUUCACUCAAUGACCUCUGUGCCAAGGUGUGCCUUUUUGGAGUAUGUCUUAAUGAUCCUUAUGAUACAGACGUAUCGGUACCUUUUUGGAAUAUACGAUGGCCAAUAAUCCAGCAUUCCACACGGCUUGGAUCGAUUUCUUUCUUGUAUCCUAAAACGACCUUUCACGAAGCCGAAACGUUGAAGUAGUGUCGGUGCGUUAUGUACAUCGUUUAAAGUGGGACCAUAUUAAGAGCUAUUUGCACUUAUUCCAGUUGCAAUGUUUUUUGUGGUUAUUUUAACACAUGACCCAAACGUCAUCCAGCGCAAUACCAACACCGUGUGUGCUUUUGCUCGUAAUAUCCACACGGAAGUUGACUGUUGACCACUAUGAUUUUAUUAUUUGACUUUGAAUGUGACGAAAUGAUCAAAGGGGGACACAGUUGGACAUUUUGGGGAAACUCUAUAUUUCUAGCCGAGAGUUAAAUGAGAGGAUUCUCGUAUUUGUUUGUUCAAUGUUUACGCUACAACCAGCAGCCUGUUGGCUUCACUUAUUAGACUGGGAUCUCUCGGCCUUGCAGAGACUUCCUGGAGUCUUUUCCAUCAUAUUAGCUGUUGUUGUUCUUCAGUUAAACCAGGUCAGCUGCUCCCCACUCCCCUCCCCCCUCCGGUCCCAUUUCCUUAACUUAAUGCUGAACUUAUCUACUGGCUGUAGUUUUAUACUUACAUGCAGACAUGAGAGUGGUAUCAAUCUUCUUAUUUAACUCCCGCCAAGCUAGCUAAUGUGCGUAUUAUAUAUUAUUGUAUUGCACUCGUGUGUGUGUGUGUGUGUGUGUGUGUGUGUGUGUGUAUAUAUCCCAAAAAUGUGUCCAAUCCAAGAACCAGAGGUCUGUAGCUGUCCGGGGCAAAGGUCUUUUCUUGUUACACUCACAAAAGGACCAUUUCUUUACUUGAAUUUUUCUUCUCUCGACAACCAGCCCAAACCUGACAUCUUGUGCACAGUUAACCUUCAUGCUCCGUUUAAGUGUCCAGCCGUUGAAAAAAGUAGGUCCACAAACCCUCCGACACGGUGUUAUGUUUGUCUUUUGACGUUACCCAACGGGAGCAAACAAGCCGUGACCACGUUGACCGGUAGUUUGUUUU